AUGAAUCAAUUCAUUUCUUCGUCGAAUACCAACUACUAUUUGUUCACCGUAUUUGUCAUCACUUUUGUUUGCUUAAAUCAGCAUCAAACAUCAGCUAAUCGGUUGCCUAGCAAACCGGAUUAUCAACAAAAUUCAUUGGCCUAUAAUGAUCUUUCCUAUGAAGAUUUAGGUGAUAACGAAUAUCCAAUGAUAACUAAUACAAAUAACAUCUAUCCAAUUGAUUAUGAAGAAUCCGUCUAUUCCAAUCCAUGGUCGCAAUUCUUCCACCAGCGUUAUCAACCAUCGAUGAUUUUGCCAUACUACUCCCCGAGCCUUAAAUCAGGCUUAGCAUUACGACGAGGCCGUCCCCGUUACGCUUCGUUUCCAUAUCCAAAACGUUCAAUUCCUAUUGAACUUCAAAAAGCGCUUUUUGCUCAUGGUAUCGUAGGACGCCGACGUUAG